UAGCUGGUGCUGUAAUGAAUCAAAAAUUUCAACCACAUGAAGCUCAUGUUCCGUUUAAUCUUCAAUUUUUUAUUGAUUAUAAUUUAUAUGGUAUGAAUUUUAUAUUAUUCAACAAUGCUUUUGAACGACAUUCAUCACAAAUAAGCACUAAUCUUUCAACAGCAACUAAUCAAACAACAAAUAUAUCAUCUGUCCAACGAGUAUCAUCUUGUGAACUUGAAUAUGAUGUACAUAUUGAUGAUAUUUGUAAUAAACCACCUCAAAUAGGUAAAGGUAUUGCUAAUCCAGGUUUACAAGCUCUAUGGAAUAAUGAACGAACUAGACGAGAAAAUUUAAAUAUUACCGAUCAUUUAACACCACCAACAUCACCAGAACGUCCUCGUACAAAUCCAUUUGUUGCAGAAAUUCGUCAUCAAGAAAAAUUAAAAACAAAUAUUGAAAAACGACCUCCACCUAAGGAUGAAGUAUCACAAUCGAGUCCACUUGUAAAUCUUAAUGAUACAACAAUAGAUUUAGCACAAAUUGAACGAGUUACUACAAUGAGUCAACAAAUUGAUGAUGAAGUUCUUGUACAAAUGAUGGUUAAUGAUGAAAUAAGUGAUUCACAAGGAAUUGAAAAUGAUAGUAUUUUAGCUGCUGAUGUUAAACAAUUAGAUGAUGAAGAAUUAUUAGAUGAUGAUGUACAAAAAACUGUUGUUAAUAAUUCUAUUCUUACAUCAGAUGUUGAAUCUGAUUCAUUAAAUGUUUUAUCACAAACAUUAACAGUAACAAGUAAUGAACCAUCAUCUCAAACAAGUGAACAAGAACGAGAAGAAUUAAAAAUAUUUUUACAAAAUUUUUUUACUGAAUCAAUAAAUCAAAAUAAUUCAAUAUCAUCAAAAUAUUGUUGGUUAGAAACAA